AUAAGAACAAGCAGCUCUGGAACACAUUCUGUGCAUGUUAUGAUGUCGAGGAUAUUUCCAAUGAGUCCAAAGAUUGACAGUCAUCAGUUGCACAUGAUUAGCAGGUCCGGAUCCCAAGUGCCCACGUAGAUCCAUUAAACUGGUCUAUCAUUGCCUUUAACUAUAAAUUAAUCUGUCUCUCAGAACUUCUAGUUAUAUUUACUCCCAGCACUCCAUCUUCUUCCUCUGUUCCCUGCUCUGCAAAAUGCUAUACUUUUAAGUGGAACCAACUCACAGGAAAACGAAGACCCUCUUAAAAUGCAGCCCUUCUUCUUAUUCCACUGUUUCAUUGGCCUCUCUCUUGUUUUUGCCGAGGGAGCUCAAUCUGCAUUUAGUGAUGAAUUGUCAACACUUCUCUCAUUCAAAUCCAGUCUCGUUGAUCCAAUGAAGCAUCUGAAGAAUUGGCAGCCACCAACCAAUCUGAGCCGUAACGGUUCAUGGUCACCCCACUGUAAUUGGACAGGGGUUUGGUGCAACUCUAAAGGCUUCGUAGAGAGUCUCGACCUCUCCAACAUGAACCUUAGUGGUCGUGUUUCAGACCACAUCCGAGCACUUUCUAGUCUGUCUGUUUUCAACGUAAGUUGCAACAAUUUCGCUUCUUCAUUGCCAAAAUCACUGUCCAAUCUCACUUCCUUGAAGAGCUUUGAUGUGAGCCAGAACUACUUCACUGGCAGCUUUCCUACGGGUCUUGGGAAUGCCGCAGGAUUGAGACUAGUUAACGCGUCAAGUAAUAACUUUUUGGGUUUUCUUCCAGAGGAUCUUGGAAAUGCAACGUUGCUCGAAAGCAUUGAUUUUCGUGGGGGCUACCUCGAAGGUCCAGUCCCCGUUAGUUUCAGGAAUUUACAGAAGCUCAAAUUUCUUGGGCUUUCAGGGAAUAACUUUACAGGGAGGAUUCCAGGAGAACUUGGAGAACUUGCUUCUCUAGAGACACUAAUUCUUGGGUACAAUGAGUUUGAAGGAGAGGUCCCUUCAGAGUUUGGCAACCUCACCAAUCUCCAGUACCUUGAUUUGGCUGUGAGUAGUCUCAGUGGACAGAUUCCACCACAAUUGGGUAAGUUGAAAAGGCUUAAUACACUUUUCUUGUACAAGAACAAGUUUGAAGGAAGGAUUCCGCCUGAGAUUGGCAACAUUACGUCAUUGGAGUAUCUGGACUUGUCCGAUAACAAGAUUUCAGGGAAGAUCCCAGAGGAAAUUGCUGAGCUGAAGAACUUGCAGCUAUUAAAUGUCAUGAGAAACAAACUAACAGGUUUGGUACCAGAAAAGCUUGGGGAACUGAAGAAAUUAAAAGUACUUGAGCUAUGGAAAAAUUCUUUACGAGGCCCUUUGCCGGCGAACCUUGGACAGAACUCUCCACUGGAGUGGUUGGAUGUGUCUUCUAACUCAUUAUCAGGAGAAAUUCCGCGAGGUUUGUGUGCUUCUGGAAAUCUCACCAAACUGAUACUUUUCAGUAAUUCCUUCUCCGGUUCCAUUCCAAGCGGGAUCUCAAAUUGUUCAUCUCUGGCACGUGUUCGCAUUCAUAACAAUCUUAUAUCUGGGACUAUUCCAAUUGGUUUCGGAAAACUCCCAAACCUUCAAAGGCUGGAAUUGGCCAAGAAUAAUCUUACCAGCCAAAUUCCAAUAGAUAUCACUUCAUCCGCUUCACUUUCUUUCAUUGAUGUAUCCUGGAACAACCUUGAAUCAUCUCUACCUUCUGGAAUUCUCUCUAUUCCCUCCCUUCAAACCUUCAUUGCAUCCAACAACAACUUGGGAGGCAAUAUACCAGGUGAGUUCCAGGAUUGCAUCUCUCUCUCCGUGCUGGAUCUUUCAAACAACCUUAUAUCUGGAGACAUCCCAGAAAGCAUUGCUUCUUGCCAAAAACUAGUCCAUUUGAGCCUCGGGAACAACCAAUUAACUGGGGAAAUCCCGAAAUCAAUUGCAAACAUGCCCACCUUAGCCACUCUUGAUCUCUCCCACAAUGCACUUUACGGCCGGAUACCUGAAAACCUUGGCCUCUCCCCAGCUCUUGAAACGAUCAACCUAUCCUACAACAAGCUCGAGGGUCCAGUGCCCUCCAAUGGUAUUUUGAUGACCAUAAAUCCUAACGAUCUCACAAACAACACCAACCUCUGCGGAGGCAUUCUUCCUCCAUGUUCUCAGAGAUCAAUUCAGGGAAGCGAGCGAAGGACCUCGCGCACAAAGCAUAUUAUGGUUGGUUUUAUCACAGGAAUUUCAGUAAUUGUGUCUCUGGGCAUUGCAUAUGUUGGGGGCAGAUGGUUGUACAAUAAAUGGUACUUAUACAACAGUUUCGUCCAUGAUUGGUUCAAAAACAGCAAUGAAGAAUGGCCUUGGAGAUUAGUAGCAUUUCAAAGGAUGAGUUUCACAAGCAGCGAGAUUCUCACAUGCAUUAAGGAAACAAAUAUUAUAGGCAUGGGAGGCACUGGCAUUGUGUAUAAAGCUGAAAUUCAUAGACCUCAUGUAACAGUAGCAGUGAAGAAACUAUGGAGGUCAGGGGCAGACAUAGAAGAUGGUAAUGAUGUGUUGAAAGAAGUGAAUCUGCUGGGGAGACUGAGGCAUAGGAAUAUUGUGAGGCUGUUGGGGUAUGUUCACAACGAAAGGGAUGUGAUGAUGGUGUACGAGUUCAUGCCCAAUGGGAAUCUUGGGACAGCACUACAUGGAAAGCAAGGAGAAAGGUUACUGGUAGAUUGGGUUUCCAGGUAUAACGUAGCAGUUGGAGUUGCACAAGGCCUCCAUUACCUCCAUCAUGAUUGUCACCCCACAGUUAUUCACAGAGACAUCAAGUCCAACAAUAUACUCCUUGACGCAAAUCUGGAGGCGAGGAUAGCAGAUUUCGGAUUAGCAAAAAUGCUGAUCCACAAGAAUGAGACUGUUUCAAUGGUGGCGGGAUCUUACGGGUACAUCGCCCCAGAAUAUGGAUAUACUCUGAAAGUGGACGAGAAAAUCGACAUAUACAGUUACGGCGUAGUGCUUCUGGAGCUCAUAACAGGGAAAAAGCCUUUAGACGUGUCAUUCGAAGACUGUGGAGACAUAGUUGCAUGGGUAAGAAAGAAAAGAAGCAACGGAGGGUUGGAAGAAGCACUAGAUCCCACCAUAGCGGGUAGGUGCAGGCAUGUCCAAGAAGAGAUGCUUCUCGUGCUCCGAAUUGCGCUUCUCUGUACGGCAAAGCUUCCGAAGGAAAGACCAUCCAUGAGGGACAUAGUGACCAUGCUGGGAGAGGCAAAACCCAGAAGAAAAAGCACCUGUCAAAAUGGAACACACGAAGAAACCAAGGAAAAGCCAAUCUUCACCUCCUCUCCCAUCAUAAGCCUUCUCUAGCAACUAGUUUGUAU